AUGCAGGCCCUCCUCGCCGAGGCGCGCUUCAACCAGCUCGACGGGACGGAGCGGCGGCUGAAGGACGCGCAGGACGCGCAGGCGCGCUACCGGCAGGAGCGCGACGCGGCGCGCGUCGAGGCCGGCGCGCUGCGCGGCCAGGUGUCCGAGUUCCGCGCGCAGGCGGCGCGCUACCGCGGCGAGCGCGACCUCUACCGCGCUGACCGCGACGCGGCGCGCGCGCAGCGGGAUCGGUAUCUCGUCGAGCGGGACGCGGCGCGUGCGUACCGGGACCAGGCGCGCGAGCUCGACGGCCGCGUGUCGGGCGAGAACGACUGGUGCCGGGAGAGGGAUGCAUGGGGGCGGGAGAGGGAUACAUGGGGGCGGGAGAAGGAUAUCCUGCAGGGCGAGCACCGCGACCUGCGGGACGCCGUGAGCGGGCUGCGGGGCGAGAACGACAUGCUGCGGGAGGAGAACCGGGACCUGCGGGAGGACAACGAGGACCUGCGCGCGGAGGUGCUGAGGCUGAGGCUCGCGGCGAGGGGGCCGGAGACCUUGCUGCUGCCGGGUGUGCCGCGCCGCUCGUCAUCGGGCUCGGGCGCAUCGCACUCAUGCGUCUCGUCGGCUGCACCGCAGCGCAGCGGUCCGCCGUUCUCUGCCACCUCGCAUCUCCCCCCUCUGCCAGCGCCGUACGUUUCGCACCUACCCCAGCCGUACGCUCCGCACCUACCCCAGCCGUACGCCCCGCACGCGGUGUCGUCCAGCGCCCUCCCCCUCCACCUCACAUCGAUGAACGUGCUCGCCCGGAUCCCGUCGCCGCCACCGCUCAAGGAGGAGGAGCCGCCGCGGAUCAAGGAGGAGGACUGCUGGUAG